GAUCUUUUUUCUUUGUUAUUCACCCAUCUAUACAUAAACCUCAAAACCCAUUUUAUUUUUGUGUCCCAAGUCAUAAUUUCCUUGUUGCAGCCCAAGUUAACAAUUCAAGUUUCAUUAAAUCCUGUUACGGAGAUGAACACAGAUUCUAGUGUUCUGUUUGAGGCAGAGAAUGAAGAAGAUACUUUCUAUGCUGAGAUUAGGAAGCAGAUUCUGCUCUUGACAUCUGAAGACAACGAAGAUUUACUAGAAACAAGAAGUUUAAACCCCCUUAAGGUCACCAAUGGUAGUUCAAACAGCUCAAUUUACAGUGUUAACAGUGUGCCACCACCUAGAAGCAACUUUUGUCUGUGGGAAAAUCAGUGCUCUAGUUCACCGCCCGUUUGGCUAGUGAACUUGUGGAAGAAUAGUAAAGGCACUGGGGUGUUCAUUCCACAAGUUGCAUGCAAGAAAAACCAAAAACCAGGAAAAGUGAAAAAUAGGAGAAAAAUCUAUAGACCAGUGGUGAAUAAGGAUUGAAGAAUCUAUUCUUAUGGAAAUUUGUAUUUAGUGGAAUUUAAUAUGGUCGCUUGCCUUAACAUAGUUUUCUUGAUGAUUCAUUAGAACGAGAGGGAAAAUGCGGGAGAUAA